AUGAACCAAAAACCAGUUUGGGAGGAUAGAGAAGUGAAAUUCGACAUCCCUUCAGUCUACAAAACAAUCCGCAGCGGAGAACUGAUCCUAGAUGUGCUCGAUUCUGUGGAGGACACCAAGGGCAACGGAGGCGACUGUGGUCGGAUAUUGGUGACCAACUUACGCCUCGUGUGGUACUCCAUCACGUCCCACCGGUUCAGCCUGUCCGUCGGCUUCUCAUGCAUACUGACCAUGAACACCAAAACGGUCGUUUCGAAAGUUCGUGGAACUACCCAAGCGCUGUACAUUCUCAGCGUUGGUUCCAACUCACGGUUUGAGUUCAUAUUCACCAAUCUGACGGCAACCAAUACGAAACACUUUGCAUCGAUCUUUGAUGUGUUCCGUCUCUACCAGGGAUCAACCAUCUACCGAGAGCUGAAGCUGCGUUCGUCGGUAGUAGUGUCCGGGCAGUUGCAGGUGCAGCCCCAGGAACAGAUCUUCAACACCAUCAACGGUGUGUGGAACCUGUCGAGUGACCAGGGAAACCUCGGCAUCCUGAUCGUAAGCAAUGUGCGGCUCGUUUGGUAUGCUGAGAUGAACAACAGCUUCAACAUAUCGCUCCCGUACAUGCAGAUAGCAAGUUUGCGCAUUCGUGAGUCAAAAUACGGUCCCGCAUUGGUCAUUCAAACGCUGGAAACGGCUGGUUCGUACGUACUGGGCUUUCGGAUCGAUCCUGCCGAUCGGCUCGGCGAUGUGUUCAAAGAGUUGCUCUCUCUGCACAGUGUCUACACGGAAACACCCGUGUUUGGUGUGUUUUACGAAGCACCGGCCGACGUUGAACGCGCGCCGACCGAGUCGAUGGACGAUAUUGAGGAACUCGAUGUUACUGCUGGCAGUGAAAUCAAUUCCAAGUUUACAGCCUAUCUGGCGGAUUCGGCUGCAGGCGAUGGCUCGGGCCAGUCUCAAAGGAAGCCUUUCUAUUGCAAGGAGCUGGGCUUUGCAAUGGAAUCUCUCAAGGAAGGCUACAGCGUAAAGGACCUGUGGGAUGUACUGCCCUCGCAAUAG